AUGGGGAAUACGCGGGCAGGUUAUGGGAAAGAUCAAUUGAAAAUAAAUGAAUUCCAAUAUAUCAGGAAUAUGCGGGCAGACAGAGACAGCCAUCAUCGGCAAGAAGAAAAAGAUCGAUUGAACAUUCCGUUGAAUUUACCUGACAGUGAGUGCCUAACGAUUAUUUCAUGUUCCGAAGAGAUGGCCGAUAUGAUAAUUGGAAUUGAAAAUAACAGAACCGAAUUUGAAAAGGAAGAUGACAGCGAAAGGAGUAUUUCAAGCAACGACGAUUUCGAAAUCAUUGGCGGUCAAGCGCGAAUAUCCGAAGAUGCAGCUAGUGGUGAUGGGAAGUCGAAUGAUCCACUAAUUGAUUUAUUUAAAAAGCAUGUCGUGAAACGACAUGUGCGAACAUCAUCUCAUGAUUUGCAACGAGAACGAGCAGUGAAAUCGCCAAUGUUAACAUGCGCUACAAAGAUUAGUAACGGAGAGAAGCACAAUGAAACUCAAAGCAAAGAUGAUCGUUCAUAUACAAUGUGGAAAAUACUGUAUGUCGUAACAAUUGGGAUUUUUGUUUUUCAAUUGCAAUUACUUCUUAAGGAUCUAAAGGAAAUUUUUGAGGAAAAUGAACAUCGUAAUGAGACAUUGGAAGAAACAAUUAUCGAACAACAGGAAAUAAUCGAGAAAUUAGAAAAGCAACUUAAGAGCUGUGCACCAUUAGAUGAUUAUAGCCUACCUGUUCGUGUUGAAGAGGAACGUGCCAAUGCAUUCGAGAGGAAAGAUGGUUUCAAUUAUUUUUUCGUGAUUGUGGACUGGAAGAAGAGUGAUCGAGGAAUAGCACAACAACAUCUUCAUCUGGCAUUCAAACAAAGUAAUUCCAGUAUUUACGUUUACGACCACGGUCCUUUAUCUGGAAGAUAUUUCACUGUCGGCGAUCGAAUAAUCGAUAUUGAUGGGAUUACGUUUAUCAAAGCUGCUGAUUUAAGAGAUCGAAUUCUAUGGUCGCAUCAUAACAAAGAUCAUUUUACGAGUAUCAUCGAACGUCCUGCAACGGAACAAGCAGUACGUACCGUAUCAACGCUCUUGCAGCCGUCGCUGUCCACAUUUUCUGUCAUACUGUCAGUUUAA